AUGAAGGGUAAUGAUGAAGUUAUCCAAGAGUUCAACGAUGUCGUCAACAUGACGGCCUCAGAGCUCGAGAAGUGGCUCAAGUCGGAUGAUUCCAACAGUGCUGGUUGGCCAAAGGAGGAUGAGAAUGGAGAGACUGUUGGACAUGACAGCGGUCGCAAGAUUGUUGAGAUCUUGAAGGAGAACCCCAAGAAGGAACCUGAGAAGUACACCGAUGAGCAAGUCCAGCACAUGCGCAAGGUUGUUUCUUACUGUAAGCGACAUCUUGCUCAGGAGACCAAGGCCAACAACAACAAGUCCCCCGAGGAGGUCAAGAAGACCAAAUCCUACGCGUCACUCAAGAACUGGGGUCACGAUUUUCUCAAGGCUCAAGGCAAAGAGAAUGGUAGUGAGAAGAAGGAAGAGAAAGAGGAUAAAGAAGAAGAGAAUGACGAAGCCGAGGAAGAAGAGGGCGAUGAUGAUGAUAAGCAAACUGGCGAGAAGCGAAGAGCGACUCGAAGCCAGACCGGUUCCAACAAGAAGCGCGAGACUGGCAAGGGAGAGUCUACAAAGUCCAAUGAUGAAGACGAGGAGGAGGAAAACGAAGAUGGUGAUGAAGAGAAGAAGCAGGGACAAAAGAAGCAGUCCAAUGGCCAGUCCAAGAAGCCCAAUGGAUCUUCAAAGAAGGAUGAAGAUGCUGAAGAGGAGCAAGGUGAUGAUGAGGGUGGAGAUGACUCUGGCGCAAAGAAAGGACCCAAGAAGGGAGAGACUGUGAGCUGGAACUGGGGACAGGGACAGCCCGAGGGUAAGGUCUUGGAUGUCAAGGCUGAAGAUACGACAAUUACGACAAAGAAUGGUAACGAGGUCUCUAGGAAGGGUGAUGAGGAAGACCCUGCCGUUGUAUUGGACACGGGCAAGAACAAGGCUAUUAAGAAGGCUCAUGAGCUGAACUAG